AUGGCAGACCGACCGACGACCAACGUGCCCAAUCGCGACUCCUCUGGAUACCCGUCUGCUGCAGCUUCCGCCUCCCCGGAGCCAUUUCCCUUCCCCAUCCCUUUGCCCUUCUUUCCAUUCAAUCAGUCCCCAAUACAACAGCAGCCCCUCGAACGACCUUCCAGUGAUUUCGAGAACAGAUGUUUGUCUUGUGGCAACGUGUUACCUCCAGGGGGCAACGAUAUCUCCUGUGAGUUCUGCUUAACAGCCUCCGAAGGCUUCGCGAACAGCUUCGAGCAUGACAUCCCCGGCGCCUCUCAUAGCGGGAUCAUCGAUCCUCGCUCAUUGAAGAAGCUCCCCGAACCGCCCCAGGCGAGAGCAAAGCUUCCGUCCAUUCCUGAAGGAGCCAACCGAGUUCGUCUGGCUGCUGCUGCUCCCGGCACGAGAGACGCAGCAACCCAUUCUGUGCGCGAGCCAACUCAGGAGCAUCAUGAUGACAGGGACAGGGAAGACGUCAAGGGCUCUCGCCCGACAGGCAAAGAUUUGACGCCAAGGAAGCGUUCCUUGUUUGAGUACGUUGGAAUUGCUGCCUUGGCCUUGACUCUUGUGCUCCUCCUCAGAAGGUGGAGGAGAUGA